AUGAGCGACAUCAAGACUAUCCCUGAACUCUGCGAGCAGGUUUCUCAAGCCAUCCGCAACUUCCCAGUCGAUGACCCUACCCGAUACCUCAAGGAGACACACAACCUCCAAAACCUGAUGCUCGCACUCGAAUUCGUCUUGUCGACACCAAUCAAGACCCCAUCAUCAUGCGCCGCGAGCUCAAAGAAGACCACGAAAAGCGACACGUCGAGCAGCACGACGCUUGCCAUGACCGAGCCUACUCCAAUGCAGGCUGCCGCCAUUGCAUCUGGAGGUGGCAUGUGGGGUGAUCCUGCUGUGGAGUUGAGUACAAUGGGCGACCAACGGCAAGCGACGCGGGUGAAGAGUUUGGAAUUGACCCAGCAAGACCUCAAAAUCACUUCGAAAAAGGGCAAUGCGAUCGUCAUGGGGUGUAUUGCUUUCAGCACCGGCAUCGCGUCUUUUCUUGCUGGUACCAUCACAAUUGCUAUUCCCAUCAUGGCCAAAGACCUCAAUAUUCCCGACAAUUUGGUCCUAUGGCCUGUCACAGUCUACUCUCUGGCUUGCGGAUGCACUCUUCUCGCGUGCGGCUCAGUCUCAGACGUCAUCGGAAGCAGACGCAUGUUUUUGUCCGGCUGUUUUCUCCAAUGUUUCAUGACAAUCGCCUGCGGUCUUUCUAAAAACACGGCCCAAAUCAUUGUUUUCCGCUCAUUCUCUGGUAUCGCUGCUUCCUUCUGUCUUCCUUCGGCUGUCAGUCUCAUCAACGAAGUAUUUCCUCCUGGUAAGGAGAGAAACAUCACUUUCGCUAUGAUGGGCGGAGCUCAGCCCUUUGGCUUCGGCAUCGGAAUGGUCUUGGGUGGUAUUUUCACUGGAACCGUUGGUUGGCAGUGGGGCUUCCACAUCGCUGCUAUCAUCAACUUCUUCAUGUUUAUCCUGGCCGCAUGGCAACUCCCUCCCACUCCUGUUGCUCACAAGCAUCAGAUCUGGUCACGACUAGCGACUGAUAUUGAUUGGCUUGGUCUCAUUCUCGCAAGUGGUUUUCUCGCUAUGCUGUCCUACGUCAUCUCUGCAUUGACAGGAGAUUUGACUGUGAUGAAACAGCCCGUCAACAUCACCCUGCUCGUUCUGUCUUUCGUACUUCUCGGUGCCUUUGUCCUCUGGGUGGGCCGACAGGAGCGUCUCGGACGUCCAGCACUAAUCCCAAAUUCUCUCUGGCAACACAAAGGAUUCUCAUGCAUCUGCUUCAAUGUCUUUUGCGUCUGGGCAGCCUUCAACGCUUUCGAGCAAUACGCCAACUUCUUCUUCCAGGAUGUUCAGGGGAACAGUCCUCUGGGCACCGCUCUUCGUUUCUUGCCUGCGCCUGUCUCUGGAGCCCUCGCCAACAUCGGAGUCGGUCUCCUCGUUCACCGCGUUCGAGGCGAUUGGAUCGUCGUACUCACCAGUAUCGUCUCUGCGCUCGCCUCCCUCUUGAUGGCCAUCAUCGACCCUUCCUGGUCCUACUUCCGUUGCGCCUUUGUGGCCCAAUUCUUCAACCCCGUGGGCGCAGAUGGCAUGUUCACCGUCGCCAACCUGCUCAUCACAUCCAUGUUCCCACCCGGCGAACAAGGUGUUGCGGGCGGUGUUUUCAACACAGUCUCACAAACUGGCAAGUCUGUGGGCAUGGCUUUGACGUUGCUGAUUGCGCAGCAAGUCACUUCAAACUCAAAGUACGAAGACAAGACAAGUCCUGAAGCUUUGAUGGUGGGGUACCGAGCAGCGUUUUGGUUUUGUGUUGCAUUGAUUGUGGCGAGUUUGCUUGUUAGCGUUUGGGGGUUGAGGAGAAUCGGAAAGGUGGGGCUCAAGAAGGAUUAG